UACUUGUGGAUAUUACUGUUAACAGCGGGCAGUCUAGACAUCAGUGAACUCCCUUCUGAAUUAAGUGUGUAAUAGAGAGGUGCUACCCUCUGUCUACAGCAGUGCAAAUCUCUGGAUAUUACAAGCCUUUGAGAACAGACUGGACAUAAUAGAUAGGAGCUGCUCUCUCUCACUGCUCGAACAAAAAAUGUUCCAGUUUCCUCCUACCAACCCAAACAAGGCCACAGAGCUGCUGCUGCUGCUUUCGCUCUUCACCCUCGCCACAAUUCCCACCGUCACCGUAACCACUCCCUCGCAACAACAAGAAACUAUCGCCAAGUACCGACACUUCGGUCCCGGUUACUCGUUCGGUUACCCUGGAACUCCCUCGCAAAGCGAAAUAUUCCCCAGCCGAAGCCAAGUGGAAUGCGCCAUGAACUCUUUAAAGAACCGAACUGGAUUCUUCAGUUACGACAGGGUCAACCAGCUUUGCAAGACUUACCCAGAGAAUAUUGUACUCACGGCCAGCAAUCUUAGCAGCGAGAGGUCCUUCUAUAUAAGAAACCACUGGAUAAAAGUAUAUUCCAUAUCAAAGGGAGCUGGUUCGGAUGUCUAUAGAUCGUUUCUAAAUAUAGGAGAUCGAGCAUUAUGGAAAGUGGAUGCUUGCAUCGGAAUUUAUUGCCCUAAUUUCUUCCGACACUCCAUUCUUGACGUCUGGGAACAGAUUCCGAUUCAUGAGGUGAAACUUGUCUUAUACAAACAGCAAAAUGCAGUAGUAACGAUGGUGUUUAAUGGACGAGAUACAACCCUUAGAAACUGGUUUUCUAUCAAAAAUCUGAAAAGUUCUCCAUGGACGGAUUUACCAAAGUCUAAACCCAAUUACUUCUCAAUUGCUGGAUAUAAAGAAAAGCGACGGUUCUACGUGUCUAACGAUCAUUUUUUGUGUGGCGGAGACGAUGGCUGGCUUGUCAUCAUCGAAGAAUUUUACUUGUGCCAUUGGGAAGUGUCACUUGUGUAUCCCCGAUUCCUAUACUCUAACGAACCUUCGAAAACCACAUGGCUACUCAGUUACGGAUCAGCAGAUACCCUGGCCAUAUUCAUCCGCUUGAUACAGAAAUAACCAAAACUAUCUAUCUAUAUGAGCAUCUAUACCAUCUGUGACCAUCUAUAUAUCUAUACUAUCUAUAUCUAUACUAUACUAUAUCUAUACCACCUAUAUCUAUACUAUAUGACCAUCACCGCUGACCCACACUCCAUGUGCACUACUCAAUAAAAGUCACUGAUAACCAUUCUAUUCAACAUUGGUCUUUCAUUCUCUCUCUUUUUUUUUACUUUGAGAUAAGCACAUUUAUUAUUAUUUGUUGCACCUAUAUGUAUACAUACAGGCGCAAGAGUGGCUGUGUGGUAAGUAGCUUGCUUACCAACCACAUGGUUUCGGGUUCAGUCCCACUGCGUGGCACCUUGGGCAAGUGCCUUCUACUAUAGCUUCGAGCCGAGGCUACAGUUUUUUUUGUGUUUUUUUUUAAAGUUUUCUUCUUUCCUUUUUCUUUCUUUACUUCCCUUUUUUCCCAUCACAUGACUUUGUAAAUAACCAAUCUAGUACGUAUACUCGGCUUCGUAUAUUUUACCCCUGUGUCACUUUGAUGGCAUGC